CAAAGCAAACCAGGGGGCCAAAAAAAAAAAAAAAAAGGAGGACAUUAGACCGCCGGAGGGAAGGCUGGAGAACACGAAUGGUUUCUUUAUAGCAGCUUCUGCAGACCGACUCGGCUCUGCUAGAGAGGAGAAAGUGAGAGCUUGCCUCCCUCGCUCGCUUCUCCAGCCUUUCGGGACCGACGCGGCAACUGCGAAGCGCGCUUCCUUCUCUUCCGCCCCUCAUCUCCACCUCCGCCGCCGCACCAUCGGAGAAGGGGAAGCGGGGGUAGCCGGGACUGGCGCUGCAGGGAGAGAAAGCCGAAGGCGCGCGUCCGGGGCAGGUCGAGCGAGAAACCCCGCUCGCCCUCCCUCGCUUUGGGCGCGCGUGCGCGUGCGGAGAGGGGGUUGGCGGGCGCGACAGCUCAGCCCCGCGUAAAGGAUGGUUCGCUCGCCGCCGCCGCCGCUCGCUGGGACAGAGGGAGCUUGAGAGGGCAGGCGGAAAGGAGAUGCAGCAAUAUCGCCGGCUGGGAAUCUCUUGAGAUGAGGCGGGCACCCGCCGCCGCCGCGUCUGAAACAGCUCCGGCUUUUUGAAGAAACCUUCAUGUGUAGUCAGGAAGCUUGUAAUAGUAAUACAGAGGACAGCAGGACUUGCCAUUAUCCUACAACAGCUGCACAACAUGUUACCCAUUGAAACAAUACUAAACUGAACUGUGAAGAAUCUCCAUGAAGGUGACCAGCCAUGCAAUGUUCUUGGAAGGCUGUCCUCUUACUUGCUUUGGCCUCCAUUGCUAUCCAGUAUACAGCCAUCCGCACUUUCACAACCAAGUCCUUCCAAAAUUGCCCUGUACCCAGUCCCAUGAAUUGUAGCCUGAAUCAGGAGGCUGAAUCUGCUGACAGGCUGUGUGAUGAAAGCCCAACGUUUUCUUACAACCUUUCUAAGAAGACUCAUGUCCUGAUCUUAGCCACCACCAGAAGUGGUUCUUCUUUUGUUGCUCAGCUCUUUAAUCAGCACUUUGAUGUUUUCUAUUUAUUUGAGCCCCUUUACCAUGUCCAGUACACCUUGAUUCCAAAGCUAACCCAGAUGAAGGGCUCCAUGGACCGACGGAUCAUGCUGGGAGCUGGCAGAGAUUUGCUGAGGAGUCUUUAUGACUGUGAUCUUUACUUUUUGGAAAAUUACAUCAAACCCCAGCCGGUGAACCACACCACAGACAGACUCUUCAGGAGAGGGGCCAGCAAAGCUCUGUGCUCUGCACCAGUUUGUGACACACUGGCACCGAUUGAUACAACUCUGGAGGAAGGUGAUUGCAUAAAAAAAUGUGGCCCUUUGAACUUGACUCUAGCUAGCGAAUCAUGCAGAGAUCAUGGGCAUGUUGCUAUCAAAACAGUGCGAGUGCCAGAGGUCAAUGACCUUCGGGCCUUGGUGGACGAUCCAAGGCUCAACCUGAAAAUUAUACAAUUAGUGAGAGACCCCAGAGGCAUCCUUGCCUCCAGGAGUGAAACAUUUAGAGACACUUACAGACUUUGGCGAAUCUGGGAUGGCACAGGUAGGAAACCCUACAACUUGGAUGUGACACAACUCACCACUAUCUGUGAGGACUUCUUGAACUCCGUAUCCACUGGCUUAAGUAGGCCCUCAUGGCUGAAAGGCAAAUACAUGCUGGUGCGAUAUGAAGACGUAGCUAGGAAUCCUCUAAAAAAGACUGAGGAAAUGUACGAAUUCCUCGGUAUCCCAUUGGAUAGUAAUGUGGAACGAUGGAUACAGAAUAAUACAAGAGGAGACAGGUCUGCAGCCAAGCACAAAUACGGGACUGUCCGAAAUUCAGCAGCAACAGCAGAGAAGUGGCGGUUCCGCCUGUCUUAUGAUAUUGUGGCAUUCACACAGAAUGCGUGCCAGCAGGUAUUAAUACAACUGGGUUACAAACUGGUAUCCUCUGAGAAGGAAUUAAAGAACCUCUCCACAAGUCUGGUGGAAGAAAGGGAUUUCUUGCCCUUUGGGUAAUGCAGAUGUUUAGGGCUCCUAUUGUAAGCUUGAGAUGAGCCAUUUGUAACUGUUGCCUUACUUUCCCUCUUCCCGCCUACUCUCUAAAAAAUUUGCACUAAUUGUUGAAUGGGAUUCUCAGAAGGAAAGUUCCCCUUCUCAAACCAUUGUAUAGAUGGAUGACUAUUGGGUCUCUUAAGAGCAAAAACUAAAAUAAACAAACUGUGGACAGGGAACAAUGUUUACAAAUCACACACACUUAACAAUAUAUAAAAGGGAAAAAAAGUAACCCUCAGCUUUCCACACUGAUGGGAAUCUGAAGGCUUAUACUUUUGCACUUUUUACUUUUACAAUGUAAGAGGUAAUUAUAAAUAUAUAUAUAAUUAUAAUUAUAAAUAUAAAUAUCUAUAUGUCUAAUUUAUGAAUAGUGUUGUUACCUCCCUCCCAACUCUUAUGAGCAGGUUUUACUGUUAGCUGAUGGUGGAAUAGUCUCCUUGUUUUUAAUCUUGUUGUGAUAUAUCUGAGUCAUAUUAUCAGGCUGGUUGCUGAUCCACAGUUUGUUUAGUAACAUGACAUUUCUCUGUGCCAAAAAAGAAAGAAAAAAAGAAAGAAAGAAAAAGAAAGAAAAAGAAAAAGAAAAACUUGAGAUUUGCUAAACAGGAACAACGAUGCUUUAUCUCUGUGUUUUCUUCAAAUAAAGAAUUCAAUAAAAUUAAUUGUUCCUGGAGGGUGAAAUUCACCAAGCCAGGCUCAAUGAAUCUUGAGACUUCUGAACUCUGUUCAGGACAGCUGUGGAUACUAUUUAAUGUUAUGGUGAGGGAGAAGGAGGUAGCAACUGCAUUUUUAGAGUCAAGGAUGGGCAGUGGGAAGAAUGAUAAUAAAACAAAUUGACAAUCUGAUUUAAGUGAUAAGAGUGCAGAAGUGAUGGCAAUCCUGUGAUCUGUAUAGCUUUUAAACACUUGCCCUUUUCAUUUGUAGCCAACUGCAGCUGGUUGCCUGAGAAUCCACAGGUGGGAGGGAGGGGGCACCUGUUUGAAUGACAUUACAUAAUUUGCAUUUGUAAGACAAUGUCAUGGCACAGGUGAUAUCAUCAUAGCUCAUACUAGACACCUAUGACUGGUUAACUCAGUGUAACAAAAAUAGAGCUCAGGAGUUUCAACCUCAAGAAAUCUUGCCUGACUGCCUGCUUGAAUCACCAUAUGUUCGGGUAAGGUAGCUUAAUGGGACAGCUGGAACUCCUGAUUCAAACGGCAAAGUUAAAGGAGAUGAAAAUAGCCAAGACUGCUAUCCCAAAUCAAAGAAAACUACUGGUGUUGGGAGUAGCCCCCUUCCCUCAUUUUAAACACCUUAUUGUUUAAACCAGUCAUGCUGACUCAGGCAUUCUGGGAGUUGAAGUCCACAAGUCAUAAAAGAGCCAAGGUUGCCUACCCCUGGUUUAAACCAUUCUCGACACCAGUCUUUACCAAUCAACUUCUUUUUCCUAAUCUAAGCAGGCUUAGCUUUCAAGUUAAGUGAUUAAUUUCAAUGUUGUCAUAAUUAAUACUGGAAAUCUAAAGGAAAUCCUAGUGCCCAUACCUGUCUUAGAUCUCAACAAAGGAAUGGCUAGAGUUGGACUUAACUGGACCAUUGCAAGAGGAUUAUAUGCAAGUGGUUGUGUCGUUAACAUAUUGAUUUUUUUUUUUUAAAAAAAAAACUUCUGGGAGGACUCCCUUUCUCCAUGCAGCCCUUAUUUGUGAUAAAUACAUAAAGCAUCAAAGGAAGCAGGAAUCUGUUCCACAGAUGGAUGGUUAGCAUUGAAUAAAUCCUAAGGAUUCUAUGCUAGUGAUCCAAAUGCAGUCAUGGAAAAUGAACAGCUGCUAAACUAACUAAAAUAUUUAGUGCAUUUUUUUUCAAGCCUGAUUAUGGGGGCUUGGGAGGUUAGAAAGGGUAAACUCUGCCUUUUCUGCCUUCUGUGACCUGCCAGAAUCUUGUACUAGAGCCUACACAAAGCUUUUGUUUCGUCUGGGGAGGAGUGGCAGAAUCUAAUUGCUACUCAAAGAACG